GGGGGAGGAGGAGAGACAGGGAGAGCAGGUGAGCCAGCCUAAGUCCCUCUAAGAGGAUCACACACACACACAGCUCAGCUCCAGACCGACAGUGUGUCUCGAUGAUACAAGAUCAGACAACAUCGACCCUCCAGAUUCCAGCGUGACCUCUGACCCCAAGAGCUCGGUGAGACUCACCUGUUUGUCACUCUGUAGUGCCACUUGUUGCGUUCAUGUGUGCGGUUUGUGCGUCUGUGUGUGUUUGUGCCAGGGGUCAUGGACGCGGAGCACGAGUCCCCGCUGCAUCGCUUUGUUGUUGCAAAGCGUCUGAUCACCUCCAUCUUUGAUCAGCUGCUGGACCUUGUGAAAGAUGGUUCUACUCUCAUGGCUGAGUUGGGGCCCGACUUGGAUCAGGCGCUGCUGCGAGAGCAGAGAGCGGACCUUCAGAUCUGGGCGACCAAGCUCAGCACAAUCAGAGAGGUUUUGGUCCGGAGACACAUGAAAGUGGCCUUCUUCGGCAGGACCAGCAACGGGAAGAGCACCGUCAUCAACGCCCUGCUGAGGGAGCGAGUUCUGCCCACAGGCAUUGGACACACCACCAACUGCUUCCUCAGGAUCCAAGGCACUGACAGAGAGGAGCCGUACCUGACCACGGAGACCUCGGAGAGGAGCAUCCACACGGUCCACCAGCUGGCCCACGCGCUCCACAGAAGGUCAUCUUUGGACUCCAGAAGUCUUGUCGAGGUUUUUUGGCCCAAAAGUCGCUGCGCUCUUCUCAGAGAGGAUCUGGUUCUGAUGGACAGCCCCGGCACUGAUGUCACUCAGGAGCUGGACUACUGGAUCGAUGAGUUCUGUCUGGAUGCAGAUGUCUUUGUGCUGGUGGGAAACGCUGAGUCGACGCUGAUGAACACGGAGAAGCUUUUCUUCCACAAAGUUGGACAGAGGAUUUCCAAACCCAACAUCUUCAUCGUCCACAACCGCUGGGAUGCCUCAGUGACAGAACCGGACUCAGUCCAGGAGGUGAGGAAGCAGCACUUGGACCGUUGUGUCCACUUCCUGGUCGACGAACUGAAGGUGGCCAGGCAGGACCAGGCCGUGGACCGGAUCUUUUUCGUCUCGGCAAAAGAGGUCCUGAGUUCCAGGGUGAUGCCGUCUCAUGCGGCAGCGGAGACAGGUAGACAGGGGAAGUCUGUUGAAGUAGAGGUUUCACUCACCUUGUUGUCAUCACCUGCAGGAGGUGCUCCUGAUGAAAGCUUCCUUGAGAGACUGGAGGAGUUCGGGCGGUUCGAGAGAACUCUGCAGGACUUCCUGUCUCGGUCCGCUGUGAUGACAAAGUUCCAGCAUCACACGAUCAGCGCUGGAAACAUCGUCCGGAACAUCAGAGCUGCGAUGGACAGCAUCAAUGUCGCAGCUGCCGACAGGAAGGUUCGUCUCCUGGAGGAGCGUGAGGAGCGCCAGGACCGUCGGAACUUUAUCCUCGCCGAGAUUGUGCUCCUCAGGAAAAAUGUUGAGGAGAAGAUGUUCGCCAUGAGGGAGGCUGUCAGCGUGUCUGUCGCCACAGUAAUGUCGGAUCAGAUCCGAUCGCUUCCAGUAGUGGUGGAGGAAUUCCAAGCUGACUUCAGUCCAGAAUCUCUGGCGGUCUACAAGAUGAAGUUGCUGCGGCAUGUGGAGGAUUCGCUGGUCACCAGUGUCUCCCACCGCUGCUCGACCAGAGUCCAGAAAGACUUGCAGAACCUUCACAAUCACAUGACUGACAGCGUCCGGCCCCUGCUCUCUCCAGACCUCCAGAAUGUCCUCCCCGCCUGCACAUCGACCCGCAGACUGACCUGCCAAGUGGAUGUUGCUUCACUGUGCUCCAACUUCAAGGAGGACCUGGACUUCCGGUUCUCUCUUGGAUGGGCUUCUCUCGCCUCGCGGUUUAUUGGGGCUUUAAAUGCUCACCAAGAGGGCGGAGUCCAGCAGGUGGACGCCCUAAUGAACGACGAAGUGAUGGUCUCCAUAGUAAAAGGUGUGGUGUCCCUCACUUCCAGAGCUUCUGUGGCGGUCCUGAUGGUCUGGCACACAGUGGGCUGGCGUCUUGUGGCCCUGACUCUAUCUCUGUAUGGAACCCUGUACCUGUACGAGCGGUUCACAUGGACCCACCGUAGUCAGGAGCGUGCACUGAAGCAGCAGUUUGUGGAGCAUGCUACCUGCAGGCUGAAGGAAGCUGUUCACUUGACCAGCUCCACCUGCAGCCAGCAGGUGCACCAGGAACUGACCUCCAGCUUCGCUCGCCUCUGUCAGCAUGUGAGUCUCAGCGCAGCGGAGUUGGAGGAGGACAUCCGUCACUUGGGGAACAAGAUCCAGAACCUGGAGAGCAUACAGUGCAGGUCCAAAACCCUCAGGAACCGAGCAACGGGUCUGGACACAUGCCUGGAGUCCUUUUCUGUCCAGUACCUGCAGGACGACUGAAAACAACACUCAUUUCAAGAUGGUGGUGGACAAAGCGACCCGUGCAGGACACACACAAUUACUCCAGCUGCUCAGUAGACGUGUCUUUUAUUGUUCAGACAACCAACUUGUGAAUUUGUUUUUGUCACAUUCGACAGAAGUCAAUGAAACUGUUUUAGCUUCAACUUUAUUAUCCAUUUCAACCUUGACCCGGGGCUUCCUGUGUCUCAGUACUUGCACAUGCAGAGGUUUUGGGCCAAAUCCAAACUACUCCAAACAGACAGAGAGACUCCUAACAGCCUGAGGGUGCUGGGGUCGCAGUUGAAUGCCUCUAGUUAACCUUAGAUAUGGAAUGAAACUAGAGUAGCAGAGGAAGCUAGGAACAAUGAUCAAGAAUGAACAACAACAGUGGUGGCCAUCUUCUAUAAGGCGCUGUCCUUUCAUUUCUCUUUUCUUCCACUCACACUGACCUCCUCAGACUGGCAACUCACAAAACAAUUGUGAAUCUGACUUUGUGGCGCUAAAAGGACAGUGAUCUGUUGUAUUAAUGUGAAACGACAGCUACUAUCUCAUAAAGUUUAUAACAUGUUGGAUCAUAAAUAUAUUACCUCUUAUUCGAAGAG